AUGGGUCUCGUCGACUACUCCGAGUCCGACUCCUCGGACAACGAAGCCCCCGCGGCCCCCAAGCCCGUCGCGCAAACCCAGCAAAACCGCCCGUCGAAGAAACCCUUCCAAAAAGUCGUCGACCGGUCCAACCCGGGCAAAAUCGUCCUCAACCUGCCUCAGCCCAAGGCAGAUGGCGCCGCAAACACUAGCGAUGAACCGCCCGCGAAACGCGCCCGUACAGGCGGCAAAGGCGGCAUGUUCUCGGGUCUGAACUCGUUCUUGCCGCCGCCGAAGAAUGCGAACAAGCCGGUUGUUUCUUCAUCCGGUGCCAUCUCGAAGCCGAAACCCGGGGUCAAUCUGAAGACGAGUGCGGCGCCUGGCUUCAGCCGUGAGGGAGAAGACGAAGAAGGGCAACCGGGCAGCGGCGGUGGUGGUGGCCUGAACCUACCUCCUCCUAAAUCACAAGCCGCCCCGUCGAUACCUGAAGAGCAAAAGGCGGCCGAGGAUGUCAAACUAGUUGGCAAGCCUCUCAUGUUCAGGCCUCUUUCAGUGGCCAGGAACCCAAAGAAGAAGAAAGCGCCCAAGGCUGCGGCACCUGUGGCCCCAUCUACCGCUAAGAGUGUGAUAUCAGAAGGACUACAAGCCGCACCCCAACCAGCACCAGCUCCAAAGAAGGUCUCUUUGUUUUCACUCCAUACGGAAGAAUCAUCAGGUCCCUCUGCCUCGUCUGGUCAGGAUGGCGCCUACGAGCCUUUGUUUGACACCCAAGAUACCGCCACAGAGUCUGUCACGGGCCCAUACGCAACCCAACAGCAGCACAUCCCCACAGCAGCAGUCUCAAACCAGUCCGAGUCUCUGCAAUACAUCGUAGACGACCUCAAUCUCUCCGCCGCAGAAAGGCGGGAGCUUUUCGGCCGUGGCGGCUUGAGCGCCGCGCAAUCCGCCAAGAAGGUCAUCAACUUCAACAUGGACAGGGAGUACCAGCACAACCGGGAGGUACAGGCUUCCGGGGAGCAGCAGAUACACAACCCUCUGCGCUCCAUCAACGCCGAGGGCAAGUCCAGCCUCAAGCAGCUCGUGCAGAACGCACAGACCCAGCGGGAGGCGCUGGAGGAGAACUUCGCCAAGGGGAAGUCCAACCGCAAGGAGGCGUCCAGCAGAUAUGGUUGGUAG